GCGCGCACCCCGCCCCGCCGAGGGGGCUCUCGGUGAGCCCGGCUGCAGCCACCUCCUUGCUGCGCGAAGGCGGGUGUGGAGGGGGUUAAAACCGAGCUUAAGGCGCGUUUUCUGUAACUUCACGGUGUUGGAUGCCGAGGCGUCUUCUUCAAACCGGAUCCCCGGCCGCGUUUAACGACUCGGGUUUAUCUCUACGCUUGUCACCGUGUCUGUCUGGAGGCGGGGGCUGUGGACGCCGUAAGCGGAUAGAAAACGGGGCAACUCUGAGUAAAAGACCCGUGUUGGUUCUUCAGAAUGACUCUCUCUACUCUCAGAGACGUCCUUACACCAGUGAAGAUGAGGCCUGGAAAACCUUUCUUGAAAAUCCCCUUACAGCAGCUACCAAAGCUAUGAUGAGCAUCAAUGGUGAUGAAGACAGCGCAGCUGCCCUCGGACUGCUGUAUGAUUAUUACAAGGUUCCAAGGGAGAGGAGAUCUUCUACAGCUAAACCAGAGGUAGAACAUCCUGACCAAGACCAUAGCAAAAGGAACAGCAUCCCAAAUGUAACGGAACAGUCGCUUAUUUCUGCUGGAGAAAACAGAGUCCAGGUUCUGAAAAAUGUGCCUUUCAAUAUUGUCCUUCCUCACACACCCCAGAUGGGCAUGGACAAGAGAGGCCACCUUACAACCCCUGACACAACGGUCACUGUUUCAAUUGCCACUAUGCCCACCCAUUCCAUCAAAACGGAGACACAGCCCCACGGCUUUGCAGUGGGCAUCCCGCCGAGCGUCUACCACCCCGAGCCCCCUGAGCGGGUGGUGGUCUUCGACAGGAACCUCAAUCCCGACCAGUUCAGUUCCAACACCCAGCCUCAAAACUCCCAGAGGAGAACGCCGGACUCCACCUUCUCAGAGACUUUCAAGGAGGGCGUGCAAGAGGUUUUCUUUCCUACUGAACUGAAUCUCCGGAUGGCCAACAUGAAUUCAGAAGAUUAUGUUUUUGACAGCAUUUCUGGGAAUAACUUUGAAUACACUCUGGAAGCCUCCAAGUCCCUUCGACAGAAGCCAGGGGACAGCACGAUGACUUACCUGAACAAAGGUCAAUUUUACCCGAUCACGCUGAAAGAAGUCAGCAGCAGUGAAGGAAUCCAUCACCCCAUCAGUAAAGUCCGAAGUGUCAUCAUGGUCGUGUUUGCUGAAGACAAAACAAGGGAAGAUCAGCUCAGGCACUGGAAAUACUGGCACUCAAGACAGCACACAGCCAAACAAAGAUGCAUUGACAUAGCUGACUACAAGGAGAGCUUCAACACCAUCAGUAACAUUGAGGAGAUUGCUUACAACGCCAUAUCCUUCACUUGGGACAUCAACGAGGAAGCAAAAGUUUUCAUUUCUGUGAACUGCCUCAGCACGGAUUUCUCCUCUCAGAAGGGAGUCAAAGGCCUGCCCCUCAAUCUUCAGAUUGAUACCUACAGCUACAAUAACAGGAGUAACAAACCUGUCCACAGAGCCUACUGCCAGAUUAAAGUCUUCUGUGACAAGGGAGCAGAGAGGAAGAUCAGGGAUGAAGAACGAAAGCAAAGCAAAAGAAAAGGCAAGUGCACUGACCCCAGCUCUCAGUUGAAUGCCUUUUCUGAUGUCAAAGUGCCAAUGCUUCCCUCUCACAAACGUACAGACAUCACCAUCUUCAAGCCCUUCAUGGAUCUAGACACUCAGCCAGUCCUUUUCAUUCCUGAUGUUCACUUUGCAAAUCUUCAGCGUGGUGCUCACGUCCUUCCUGUUGCUUCAGAAGAACUGGAGGGUGAAAGCUCCAGCCUGAAGAGAGGAGCCUAUAUUGGUGAAGAGGACUUUAUUGCCACUCCGAAUAAGAUGUCCAGAAUAGAAGAGCCAAAAAGAGUGUUGCUGUAUGUCCGAAAAGAGUCAGAGGAAGUCUUUGAUGCACUAAUGUUAAAGACACCGUCUCUGAAAGGUCUAAUGGAAGCAAUAUCUGACAAGUAUGAUGUUCCUUUUGAUAAAAUAGGAAAAAUCUUCAAAAAAUGUAAAAAAGGAAUUCUGGUCAACAUGGACGAUAACAUUGUGAAACACUAUUCUAAUGAAGAUACCUUCCAGUUGCAGAUUGAAGAAGUUGGAGGAACUUACAAGCUCACUCUCACUGAGAUCUAAGAUCAUGGAUCCUCUGUGGAUUUUAAACAAAGGUCUCAAGUGAACAUUUUCCCAUAAUUUUGGAUGUUGGGCAAAACACUAAUCGCCUUCUCCAGAAGAAAGCCAGGUGUUGACUUGUUCUGGGGAGCAGAGCAGUGUUUUUGCUUAAUACAUUUGUGUUUCUGUUCUUUCCAAAGAACGUUGUAAUGCUCAUAACCUUAUUUGCACUUGAAAUGAGCGAGCAAAGAUCGACGAUUAAAUAGAGAGCAUGUAUAAAACACUAGUAAAUACGGGAGGGGAAAACUCCUGGAAGGUGGCCUUUUAGAGUGGUGAUAUCUUAUUUAUCUAGUCAGUAUCCAUGUUUGAGCCCGUUAUCAGCUAAUACCAUUUUAUUGGACUGUUUUCUGCUAGGUAGAGCUGCAAAACUACUAAUUGAUACUAGUAGGAAUUGCGUGCAGGUUGGAGAAAAGUCUUUACAAUGUUUACUCUUGAACAGGGCAGACUGUUGAAAUCACUUGUGUCAUUUGGGGGGGGGAAUGUAACACUGCCUUGCUUAUGAAGAACUCGCCUUAGUAACUGUGUGAACUCUCAUCAGAUGAAGCUACAUUGUAUAUAAGUGCAAUAUAUUUUUGAAGGUUUGUAAAUGUGUACAUACAAGUGAUAUAUAAUAUAUAUAAAAUACGGUGUUCCGUAUAUAUGGUGAAUAUAUGCAAUGAAGCCCAUCGAAAAAGAUGCCAUAUCCUGAGAAAAACAGGUAUUUAACGUAGCUAUUUAAAAACAGACAAACCCUUAACACGCACCAAAGGUGAGCACACGUUUGUAUGUUGAUAGAAGGCACAAGAGACCUGCUCGUUCAACAUGGAUCUUCCUGCGGGAAGGAAAAAGGUACCAGCUCCCUCCUAAAGCCUCCUGCACAGCCAGGCCGUGGCAGUCCUGGCUUCUCAUGUGAACUGCCAGUUUGAGCCCCAAAAUGGCUGCGUACUGCUGCCCUGGGAGGUGAUUUGGACCACGUCUGAGAGCUGAGUCCCAAGAGGAGCUGAACAGAUGCAGUUUCCCCGAAAUCUCACUUCUGGGGGUCAGGAAGAAGGUCUCUUGGAGGGUGGAUUAUUUUUUUUUUUUUUCCGUAGCAAUGUACUGAAGGCUCGGGUGGAUGCUGCCUGCAACAGCAGCUCAGGCUGGAUGAGCCCGUGGGUCGGAGCCAGCUUGCAAGGUCCUAGGGUGUUGACAACUGGAAGUGCACAGGCAAGGCUUUUGAGAGGAAGGUGACAUCCUGGCGCUGCUGGCCAAGCGUCAGCGGGGACUUGGGAGCUGCAAGCAGGUGAAACGUUCCUGGGGUGCCUAUAUCGCCGGGCAGUGGCAGCUGUCCUGAGCCUGGCCCCAGCUGGGAGUGCCAAACACCUCCAAAAAAUGCUGCUCUGCAGUAGGCUGUACGGUAUCUACUCACCGUGUGCAUGUGCUUAUGAAGGAAAGUCGCCCUCUGGUUAGUAGCAAGUGAGAGAGGAACAUUUAAACAGCAGCGUUUGGCUCUAAGGGAAAAACCUGCAUUGUGGAGUGAGCAGAUAACCAUGGAUACCAGGUCUGGUGUCACUUAGUGCUUUUCUUAGGGAUCUGGGUGAUGAAAGAGAGAUUUAUAAAGUUUUCAGACAGCACGCAGCUGGGAAGAGCUGCACGUGCCUCACCUAGGACAUUGCAGAUCAAUCUGGAUAGGCUGGAGAAAUAGCCUGGAAAAGUAGGAUAUGAUUCUACCUAAUGGUUAACGAUUCUACUUAACGGUUAAACAAAUCCUAACCGAAUGCUGUUCGGCUGUGUGGUGCUGCUGUUGGGAAGAGGGAGGCAAAUGCCAUGUUGAGUUGGUAGACAGGAGCAUGGCCUGCAAGACACAGGAGAUGGGCCUUUUGCUGCUCUUGGCGUGGCCGAGGCCGCGGCUGGAGCGCCAGGCCGGGGACACCGCCUGCUCCUGCACCCCGGAGGAGCUGCCUGGUUGAGGGGUCACCUUCAGAAGGGAAGGUUUUGGGGGGGGAGCAGCCUCCCAGGACGUGGGAGCGUCCUCCCGGCCCAUCGCAAGCACGAGGAGAAGCGGUGGGUGUAAAUGGCAGAAAUUGAGGCUGGGUGUCGGGGCAGUUUUCUCCAGGGAGGCGGUGGAGGUCUUCAGGCCGGGCAAAGGGACCUCUGGGCUGGCCCAACACAGAGUUGGUUCUCCCUUGGUGCUGAGACUAGGUGACCACUUGAAGUCCUUCCCCACCGUAUUUUUUUUUUUUUUUAAUGAUUUAUGUGAAAUAUGGUAUUUUGGGAUUUGUGUUCAGACCAAUCCUGUGCUGGUUCAUAGACCGCUCCAUUCCCCCCCUCCCUCCCUCCUCCUCCUCCUCCUCCUCCUCCUCCACGGACGUGCUCCCCUCUCGGCUCCGUGGCGGGUGAACCCGGUGUGGGUGCAGCCACGGCUGCGGGCCUGGGGACGGGCCCCUGGGCCUGGGGCUGCGGGGGGAGAGACCCGUGUGUGGGACAGGGCGGUGCUGGAGGGACUGGGCCCACACCGGCCCCCCCCCCCCCGGGCAGGACUCCACUGCCUGCCGAGCAGCCCCGGGGCGCGUCCCCAGCCAGGCCAGCCCUGCUUGGGCUUCCCCUCAGCCCUCACGGGAGCAACGGUACUAUGGCAAGGGAAUUUUUUUUUUUUUUUUUUUUUAAAACCUGAUAUA